AUGGCGCGCCUUGGGAGGUUCGGCUUUCUUGGUGUGGCUAUCUUUUUCCAUUCGGUGUAUAUUGUCUCCAUCUUUGACAUUUAUUUUGUCAGUCCAAUCGUUCAUGGCAUGAGCUCCUUUGGUGUCCAAAGGAGUCAUGGCGCUGAAGCACCAGCCAAGCGGCUUGUUCUUUUCGUUGGAGAUGGACUCCGUGCCGACAAGGCCUUUCAAUCCUUCCCCGACCCUUCUCCAUCAAACCUCAAUGCGCCUGGCGCACUCGAGCCUCGACCUCUGGCGCCCUUCCUUCGGUCACGCGUUUUAACAAGCGGGACCUUUGGAGUAUCACAUACGAGAAUGCCCACAGAGUCUAGGCCUGGACAUGUCGCCUUGAUAGCCGGCUUGUACGAGGAUGUGUCCUCGGUUACUACGGGCUGGAAGCUUAACCCGGUCAACUUUGACAGCGUUUUCAAUCGGAGUCGGCAUACUUGGAGCUGGGGCAGUCCUGAUAUCUUGCCAAUGUUUAAGGAGGGAGCUGUCAAAGGCAGAAUUGAUGCCGAGACCUACGGAGAAGAAUUCGAGGACUUCACGAAAGAUGCAACGCAAUUGGAUACCUGGGUCUUCGAUAAGGUCAAGGUCUUGUUCAGCGCUGCUGCUAAGAAUACGACGCUCGACCACGCCCUCCGACAGGACAAGAAUGUCUUCUUCCUCCACCUUCUCGGUCUCGAUACAACUGGACAUUCAUAUAGACCCUAUUCAAAGGAGUACCUCCACAAUAUCAAGGUCGUGGAUCAGGGUGUGAGGGAGAUGACGAAGCUCAUUGAAGACUUUUAUGGGGAUGGCAAAACGGCAUUCGUUUUCACUGCUGACCACGGUAUGAGCGACUGGGGCAGUCAUGGAGAUGGCCAUCCUGACAACACACGGACACCUUUGAUCGUGUGGGGCUCUGGUGUUGCAAAACCUGUCAUUACCGCCUCGAAUAAGGCCAUUGGACACGAAGACGGUUUCUCCGCAGACUGGGGCCUUGAUCGUGUGCAAAGGAACGAUGUCGAUCAAGCAGAUGUCGCGGCACUAAUGGCUUAUCUUGCCGGCGUCGACUUUCCAGUCAACUCUGUCGGUGAGCUUCCACUCGCUUAUGUUGCCGGAGAGCCGAAGGAAAAGGCGGAGGCAGCGCUUGCCAACGCUCGAGGCGUGCUGGAGAUGUACAAGGUCAAAGAAGAGCAGAAGAAAGCCAAUGAAUUGCGUUACAAAGCAUAUGGCCCACUUGCGGACGAACAGCACUCGGUUGAUCAUCGCGUAAUGGAAAUAAGAACAGAAAUUGACCAGGGGCACUUUCAGCAAGCAAUCACAAUGAGCCAAGAGCUCCUCCAUACUGGGCUGGACGGUCUCCGAUACCUUCAGAGAUAUGACUGGCUGUUUUUGCGGGUGCUUGUGACCCUUGGCUAUUUGGGAUGGAUUGCUUUCGCCAUUACUACCAUCAUCGAUAUGCACGUAUUGCAUGGCAAGACCCACACUUCCAGGACUAUUGCAACUUCUUCGACUUUCGGUGCCAUCUCGGCUGCUUUGUUCUCGUAUCUGUUCAUGCGCAACGCGCCGCUUACUUACUACGCGUACGCCGCAUUUCCACCUCUCUUUUGGGAAGAAGUGGUGGCGCGAAGAGAGGCUUUACUACUGGGAAGUCAUGUCCUCUUCAAUAAUAUACAAUCUAAAAGAGAGAAAGCCGUGUUAGGCAUAGAGACUUUGGUGUUUGUAGUUUUCCUAGAAGUCCUUGUAUUAUCAUAUUUUCACCGGACCGUUUACACUGUCUGCUUCAUAGGCCUUUCGUUCUGGCCUGUUUUCUACGGCCGCGAUUUCGUCAUGAGUAAUAAAAUUCUAGUUGGAACAUGGGCUGUCGCCUGUCAAUCUAUGAGUGUUUUCACUCUUUUGCCUGCCAUCAAAACCGAAAAUGUUAACAUGAUACUGACUGGCGGUUUCCUGAUGGUGCUCGUCGGUGUACUAUACAUUCUUUUCGAAAAGAGCAUUCUUUCUUCAACAACCGGCGGCAAACAGGCUUCGCUUGACGGUCUUUCAGGAACUCUACUCGGAGUCCAAGUUGGCUUGAUCAUGCUGGCCAUGAUCGUUACUCGAUCUAGCGUGGCAUCCCUGCAGGCUAAAACAGGCCUGCCAUUGGGUAAUCAAGUGGUUGGUUGGACAAUCUUGAUUGCGUCUCUGUCCAUACCCUUCCUCCACAGUCUUCAACCAAAUAAUCACUAUCUCCACCGCCUCGUCAUCAUCUUCCUAACCUUCUCACCAAUCUUCAUCAUCCUCACCAUCUCCUACGAAGGACUUUUCUACUUCGCCUUCUGCGCCACCCUCGUCACCUGGGUGCGUCUCGAACACCACAUCUACAAUUACACCACCACCGCCUCUUCAUCCCUGACGCCAUCCCCAAACUUAGAACCAAAACCCCUCUACGACGCUCUCACAGCAAUAUCAACACAACUGCAAUCACCCUCGGGUAAACCGACCGACUCAACCACACCCCAAUACCGCUCCCUCACCCUCUCCGACGCCCGCAUCUCCCUCUUCUUCCUCUACCUCCUCCAGUCCGCCUUCUUCUCCACCGGCAACAUCGCCUCCCUCGCCUCCUUCUCCCUCGACUCUGUCUACCGUCUCAUACCCAUCUUCGACCCUUUCUCCCAAGGUCUCCUCCUCGUUCUCAAACUCAUCAUCCCUUUCGCCGUCAUCAGCGCCAACCUAGGCAUCCUCAACCGAAGACUCGGUGUUGCGCCGAGCAGUCUUUUUAUGCUGGUUAUGGCGAUGAGUGACGUGCUCACCAUGAACUUCUUCUGGCUGGUCAGGGAUGAGGGGAGCUGGUUGGAUAUUGGGACAAGUAUUAGUCACUUUGUUAUUGCAAGUGUGCUCUGUGUGUUUGUGGCGGGGUUGGAAUUUGUGAGUGAGAUUUUCGUGAGUGGGGUUGAGGUUGGGGGUGAUAUGGGGGAGGGGAAGGAAGAGAGGAGGAUGGACGGGAAGGAGGAAGUCAAGGUUAAUGGUCAUGGUCAUGGUGCGAAGGAGAGCAAUGGGGUGAUAGACAAGAAGGAGACUUGA